AUGGAAUUUUUGAGAAAAUUGAAAAAGUAUCGCUUCUUCAGCUACACACCACCGAACCCGUACGAUGGUUGCGUCGAGAUCACCAGAAGGAUCGACCAUUUUAACCGCAUGAUGGGCAUUUCGUUCUUCAACCCCGAUCACAGCUUCAUUAACCCAUCAUUUAUCUUUGGCAUCGGGAACUUUGUCAUCUAUGGGUUCAGUGUUUUUAUCACGAUUUACAGAUUUCGUAAUGAUAUAACCAAGGUCAUUCACUGUCUUACAACGUGUGGGUUUGCAUCUCAGGCUGUGAUGAAGCUGUACAGCUUCAUCAUAACACGACGAGAAGUGAUUGCACUGAAUGAGAUCAACUCGGAGUACUAUCGCACCAUGAUGAGCCAGAGCGAUGGUAUCAAGCGUGUUUUGUGUGAAAAUCUGAGUCUCAUCUACAUUGUGUCACGUGUUGCUGGGCUCGCGUACCUUGUGCUGGAGCUUACCACCCUCAUCACGCCCACCAUCUCGUCGUUUUCCGUUACCGAGCUUAUCCUGCCGUUUGGUUUUUUCUUUCCCUUCGUCGAUCCGGACACAACGUUCGGUUACAUCUGGAACUUUGUGUUUCAACUGAUCAUAUCGGCGUACUACUGGAUGUUGACGGUUGGUUCGGAUAUUACGACCAUCUACAACCUGCUGACGGCCUGUGGUCAGCUCGAUAUGCUGAUGGCGUUGAUCGACGAGCUAAAUGAGGAGCUGGAGCUCGGCAAACCAUCGGUCGUGAUUCGCCAAAAGAUUGUGCAGAUCGUACAGCUGCACCAGCAGCAUCGUGAGUAUCUGCAGCGAUUGGUGGACUUUUUGAACCUUUAUCACUUGAUUGCCGUCGGUUGCUCGGUGUUGGCAAUGAUCAUCUCGGUUAUGGGACUGGUGCUGCUUGACUGGUAUCCCGGUGUCGCAAUGGUGUUCCUUGGUUCUUCGCAACUGUUUUAUGUUUGCUUUCUCGGUACCAGCUUGGACAUUAAGACCGAUGAUCUUACGGAUAAGGUAGGUGCCGUCAGUUGGAGCAAACUCUCCGUUGCCGAUAUGAAGUACAUGAAGCUGGUGCUGGCAAUGACACAGAAACCCAAGGUGUUGGUUGUAGCGACAACACCCUUGAACAUAAGCGCAUUCGUGCAGAUUCACAAGAUGAUUUACUCGAUGGGAAUGAUGCUGAGAAACACAAAGGAUUAA